GGCUGCGAGGCGCUCAACGUUGCGCUCAACGACGGACUCUAUCUCGACGGUGGAUCUCGCCUGUGCCGAGCCCCACAUCGUUGUGGCGCCUCGUGAGUCGCCUUCGACCCGAUAUUGAACUCGCUCACUGGCAGUCCGCCUCCCUCUCAGUCCUCUAGAAAUGCAACCGCACCAGCUGCGCCUUGACGGCCUUCCUCCAGAGAUAUGGCAGCAUGUCCUCGAGCACCUCCCGAAGCCGGACCAGCGCACUUGCCGACUCGUCUGCCCCGCAUUGCACAGGCUCGUCACCGGAAUGGUCUUCGCCCGGGUGGUCGUCAACUUUGGUGACUGGGACACCUGGAAUGCGUUCGACGAAGAGAUGGGGAUGGUCAUUAUCAACCCUGAGCAAGCAGAGCGAUCGAUCAAGUUCCUCGGAUUCCUCGAUCGCGUCGUGGAUGAUGUGUGGUUCGCGGGCAUGGUGAAGGUCUUGGAGGUGCAUGCAUUCGGGGUCGGCGUAGAGACUACAUGGAGCACCACAUCAUUUUUGUUUCAUUUGAGCGCAGCGGUCCGGACCCUGCUCAGUGCUCUCAGUACGUCUUGUCCCUUUCUCCAUGUCCUCUCCUUGCCGAUGCAAUCCCUCCGGGACCUCCCCUUGACCGCAUUCCGCCGGCUGCACACCAUCUCCGUCACCUCCGCGGAGUACACAGCGAACCAGAUCGAGCACGAGCUCUCCGCCGGCCGCUGCACCACCCUCCUCCCCUCCCUGCACACCCUCCAGCUGCCCUACUCCGUGCCGACCGACAUCCCGAUCUCCUGCCUCCCCAACCUCACCCGCCUCGAGAUCGUCCCGCACCUGCAGUCGCUCGCGCUCUUCUCGCCCGUGCACGACCAGGAGCACAUCUUCGCCGAGCUCGCCGACGCGAAGGCGGACGUGCCGCACCUCCGCGCACUCGCGCUGCAGGGCCCCAGCCCGCACGUCACUGUCGUGCGCCCCGCGGAGCUCGCCCAGCUCUGCGACUUCCUGCGGGCCGCACGGCGCUCCGCAGGAUAUCUUGACCUGCGGAUGGAGAGCCAGCCGUUCGACCGCGCCCUCUCCGCGCUGAAGCUCACGAGCGGCACGCCCCUCUCCGUCCAGGACGCCAUCCGCGGCGCGCGCAAGCUCGAGCUCGUCGGGUUCAACGGCCACUUCCACGACGUGCAGUACGCGCGGAUCGGCGAGGGCGAGCCAGCGGAGCCGCUCGCGCGCCCGCCGUGGCCGCCCCGCAAGACGGCGCUCCGCGGGGUGGAGGACUUUGGGUGCGAGGGGUGGGAGUGGUUGAUGAGGCAUCUGACGAUCGUGCCGUGAGCGGUAGGUGGAUAGGUGUAGGGUGAUUUCUGUGUGCGGAGUUAUGUACAUUGGUAUGUCUCGAAUGCUGAUUUGCAGAGGACCAUGGGGCUCGUCGAAGUUGAUGUGUUAGUAGUACUAGUAGUACGCGCGAGAGCGAGCCUUUUGUAGACAACGACACUAAUCUGGCUAAGAGCCUGAGUUUGGGCAUCGAUGUUAGUUCAAACUUCAAACAGUCCGUCAGCUCGCUACAUGACCGGAAACGAGGUGC